AGAUUUCACAGUUCACACCAUUUUCUUGGCAUUGUAAAAGAUUCGUGUUUGUCGGCGUUUUAUAAAAUACAGCUUGCAAAAAAUUAUCAGCUUUCUUAGUAACAUGUGACACCAAAUUUGUGACCAAUGUAAAUUAUUUAUAAGUUCUGUAAUACUAUUUUCUGCAAGAUGUAGAUUUCAAAUGAUGCCGAAAUGCAACAAUAGCCCACAACUAUAAAUCAUUGUCACUAUGGCGAAGUUAAAAUUUAAAUAAAUGGAUUGCACAUAACCCACCUCAAGAUGACUUCAAGGGAGGCUUUACAAAUUCUUCAAAAACCAUUAACCACAGUGGAAAAAGUUGGUGGUAUUAGUUGCAAUUUAUGCAAAAAGAUAUUUAAAAAUAAAGCAGAUUUUGACACUCACUAUACAAAUCACACUGGGAAUAAAGAAGUUUUGUACCAAUGUGUUGUUUGUAGCAAAGAAUUUCAAAGGUACUCAGCAUUCCGUGGCCACUGCUACACAAAUCAUGUCAUCAAAAACAGAUAUGUAUGUACACAAUGUGACAAAUUCUUUUCCAAACAAUACAAUCUACAGCAACACAUUGAACUGGUUCAUGGGCCACAAUGUAAAGCGUGCAUGCAAAAAUUUCCAUCUAAGAAAGAAUUGCAUCUACAUCAAAUCGUCUACCACAAUGAAAGUAUGGCCGACAACUCCUGUCAAGUAUGUCAAAAGGAGAUACUUACUGUGGAAGCAUGUAAACAGCACAUCGAUUUGCACCUGUCACAAGUCUACACGUGCCCAAUUUGUCAAGAAACAAUUCUCCAUAAGAAUAUGUCUGCUGAUCAUUUAAAGAAACACUUUUGGAAAAACGAUUUUGAUGAAAACAACUACGAAGGAAUAAUUAAUCAGCUGACUGCAAUAGCUUGUGGAUUAUGUUCAAUAAUUUGCCCGAAUCGCGAAGAGUUUGACGCCCAUUUUUUUUGCGAUCACGCUGGCAAAGAUGUGUUUUACACCUGUAUUUUGUGUGGCAAACAGUUUUUUAAACAUUCCGCAUUCCACACGCACGUCAAUCGCCAUUAUACUGAUGGCCAAUUUCUAUGUGACACAUGCGACAAAACAUUCCCGAAUCUCUCCGAGCUCGUGUGGCACGUGUGUGAAUGCAGUCAAGAUUACAAAAAACAUAAACCGUACAUCUGUUUCCACUGUGGCAAUAGAUAUCUCCUCGAGCACUCGCUCCUGAAACACAUCACCGAUUCACACAAUGGAUUCGAUUUACGUUGCCGGGAACCUGGAUGUGAACAGAUAUUCGACAAACGGCGGGACCUGCUGCUGCACUCUCGGCAUCACGACGACCGCGUUCAGAGCUGGUGCCGCAUUUGCGGACAGGACUUCGCUUCGCUGCCUUCCUGCGCGAAGCACCUCGAGGUCCACAAGAAGUAUCUCUUCGCGUGCCCUCUCUGCGGCAAGUCUUACGCCGAAAGGUCCUACCUUCUCAAACACAUCCCCACUCACUUCAGAGCCGUGCUACACGUGUGCAAGAUCUGUGGAAAAAUUUACGAUGCGAAACGAAGACUCCUCGAGCAUCAGAAGACUCACCACGAAGUCAAAGUUCACAGCUGCUCGCGAUGCCCCAAAACUUUCGCUAAGAAAUCCCAUCUGCUGCAGCAUCUCAACGUUCACAAUGAGGAGAGAGACUUCCUGUGCGUCGUGUGCGAGAAGAGGUUCUCUUGCUCGCCCAAUCUGUCGAAGCAUCAAAACAGAGUUCACUGCGUAAAUUCAAACCGAUUAGUGAUCCGGGACGCUCGAGAGGAAGCGGAAACCGAUCCCAAAAUUGAAAAUUCUAAAACGGACACUUCGCAAAACAAAGAUUGGUACGUUUACCUAAACCGAGAGAUGGAGACCAACGUGAUCGACGAAGCGGUGAUAGAGAAGGAGUCCCGACUGUUCGAGAGCCGAGAGGGAGCCGAGACGGAGAUCGAACGCAUGGAGGUCGUCAGAGAAGAUGCAAAUGAUUUUAAAGUUAUUUUUAAAGAAAAGUGCUUCGGAAUCGCCUCGAGCUCUUUGUCUGACAUAGGAAAUUUCACAACGGACUCCGUUCCCCUCGAGUACGGCCCGGAGAUCGUGUCUCCCGGGGUGGACGACUACAUUCUUCCGCACAUAGACCCCUUGCUCACGAUACUGACGGAUGCCAUCCCCGACCGCCCGGAGCCCGCGCCGACCCAACGCAUUCCCGACGGGAACGAGUUCUCUCUCGCCGAGUCGUGGGCUCCUCCCCUCAUCGCCAAAAUAUACUCGCACUACUACGACGAGUACGAAGAACACAACCGUUUAUCUGCCAAGACGGAUAUAUUUUAAAAAAGUUGGACGAAGUGGUCUUUGACGUCACAUAUAGACGAUGUCUUUCGAUCGGUCGCCAUGGCGACGGACGCGCCUCGCGACCGGCCGACGGAAGAACUCAGAUGCAAAAGUCCACUGAUUAAACUAGCCGGACUAUAUUUUAUACAAACUCAAAGAUCAUUUCAAACCGAUUCAGCUACCUCAGUAACGUCUUACCUCACUAAUGUAUGUAUUAUUGUAUUUUUUACACUUUUAACAUAUAUCCCACCAAAUUAAGACAUAUAUAUACAAUAUAGUAUAACGCUACCUCAUUUUAGAUAAGUAUAUCGCUUGCACUUAAAAAGAACACUAAUAUUUGUGAGUGCUUUGUUUUCGAGUCGUUUAAUCGUUUUCGCUCGACGAGACGCGCUCUGUGCCAAAAAUAACGUCGUUAAAUAAACAAAUAAACGUCGGAAGACAGAACGAGAAAGAAUAGAAAAAGGUUUUUAAAAUUGGCACAGAACGAACUGUCCCCGAGCGUCGAUCGCAUAAUAUCCAAAGUGUUUAGGCUAAGUCUUUUGCGAAAAAGCUUUUCUAUAUAUUUGGUACAUCGACGGCACGUUGUAUUUUGGUUCUCGCUUUAUUUGAGAGAAUCCAUCGCCGGACCGAUCGAACGAGAAUAUUGUUUACGUACGCAUCACUCCAAACCUCAUAUUACCUCGGCCGAAGUUCACUUCGCUCGAUACGCACCGAAGCGGCGAUGGCGAUUCCUUGCAUUUUAAUCUCGAUUCCUUUUUAUUAUAUUUUUUAUGAAGUCGCGAUGCCAAGCGUCGCGAUAUUAGUGUAAGUGAAUCGAUAGUGCUGUGAUAUUUUUAUGUAUAUUUAGAGUUUAAGCGUAGGGUGAGUAACGAUCGAGUACAAAUUAUGAUAACGACGAUACUGCAGUAUCGCGUCCGCUCCGAAAUCCCGCGGGACUCAUUUCCACAGGACGCAUUCUGACUGAUCCAAACGCAUAUGGAGUACGAAUUGGCCGACAUCCCGCCGUCUAGGCUUUUAAGGAGACUUUCGAUUUGAUGGCAAAUAAAAAUAUGGAUGGUCCAUAUGCGUUCAAAAAUUUCUGAAAAUAAUGAUAGCAUUCAAACCUGCCCGGCAGAGAUACCAUGAAGUAAAAAUUAUAUUAAAAGAAAAGGAAUUUAACUCCGAAAUAUUUUCGAGAGAGUGAUUAUUUACAAAGGUCGAGUCUUAGGUAAUUUAAUCCAAAGACUGUGAUGUAUUUAUAAGUUCCGUGAACUUAGUAAAAAUCGGGGGGAAACGAGUCAGACGCGAAAUAUAUCGACGUACGAUUUAGCUUGAAACUUGGCUUCGAAAAGAACAAACUGUCUUUUGUUCGCGUGAGUCGUGCGAAGCGACCCAAUCCACACACGAACAAUUUGGCCUGAGAUAAAACAAAUAUAUCUGGUGAAUUCGAUUCGGAAACGCAUGAGCCGAACGCCAUGCUUCCAAAGUACAAAAUUUUAUGCCUCCAAAACUCGGUUGUCGAAACUGAGAGGUAUCCAAAACUGCGCUCAUCAUUUCCAUGAGAGCGCAGCGCUGUUGGCUUAGCUGCAAAGUGCACUGGGAUCAUCGGACGCCGCGAGGGAUACUUUGAAGUAUGCCAACGAUUGCCCGUCGCGAGUAGUCUGUGUCCCAGUCUAUUUUGUCCGUCACGACAGUUUAAGGUCGUUCUCACUCGACAGGCAGUUCGAGGCUGGAAUGACAAUGUUUGAGCAACUUUACUCACUUUCACUAAAUCUAGAAGUAUUUUCAGAUAUGUAGCAAUGUCAUCGAAAAAUUGUUAAACGAAGUCACGAACUGUUUGCCGAGUGUGGAAGAGACCGAAUAGCUUACAUACACUGUUAGUUGUACCUCAAUGUAAUAGUACUUAUUCAAAACUAUGUUAUUAUAUUGUCAUAACCCUUUUUAUAUGUAUUUUGUCGCAAAGGAAACAAGGGUAUAAGAAUUUUUCUAUGAACUUAAUAUAAAAUAUAUUUUUGAUACUUGUGUGAAGUGUUAAGUUGAAUAUUGUUAGUAUUUAUCGUAAUCUAGUCUAAACUAAGGGUUCUAUUAUGGAACGUGGUUUAAAUUCACGGUAACAAUAGUUUUUUAUAUAUAAUAAUUCAGUCGGCGUUUUAUGAUGAGACCAUAUCUGUUGUAACUUUUUCUGUAAACACUAAGCCGAACAGGCACAUUUGUCUACCGAAGUCUAUGUCGAGCCUAGCUUUCAAAUUUAGGAAAAUUGUUGGUAAAUUGUAACCUUUGCGACCAUAAAUGUCCUUAGCUGUUAGGUCUUAGGUUAGAGUCGAGCACAGGGUAUUGUGGUUCUAUUUCUGGGGAGUGUUGUACCUCGAUAUGUUAGUCAGUACCCGACGAGCGGUCACAAUACUACCCCAAUACCCGAUACGUGUAUUUAGGCCCAUCUCAGUCUGUCGUAACUUAAGGUGAGCCGGGUUCGUGUGUUCCGUUUUAAUGAAUUGCAGGAAAAAGCUAAGAAAUACCUUGAUCAUAAAACGUUACGGACACGAAAUCGGUCUCUGUUUAUACAUUAGCGAAUUACUUUCAAAUAAUAUUCGUUUAGGAUUUCAAAAUUAUCGCAUAAUAAGUAGUUCUUCUAUAGGUAUUCACUUGUCGGAUGUAAUUUUGUCAUUGUUUUGGUUGUUUAUCGUCGAAGCAGUUUUAUGAAAUUCCGUUACAUCAAGUUUAUUAAGUGAUAUUUUCUGAAAUACAUUUCAAAUUAACUCGAAACGCCCGUUUGCCGAGCAAGUUUGACGCGAGUAUUACUAAAAAGUAAAUCGACGAUAAACAACCAUUAGGGCGUCAAAGGACAAAACGUGUAAAUAUAUAAUUUUCGUAACCGUCUGAUAAUAUUCAAUCGAAGCUGCUUUCGUGAGUCGAGUUACACCGAACGAUAUCUUCAAUGCGGGAUUAAGUUAAGCUAUAUUUAAGACGCUAAAUGCUUUUUUUGCGAAGUUUCGCUAUUUUUACCUAUUUUGUGUCGACGAUUUAAAUUAUUUUUUCAUGAAAUUUACGAAUAUUGUCUAUGUAAUGAGACCACAAUUUGUAAUUUUAAAGUUUUAUAAGCGGUGACGUGAAACAAUUUUUUUCGAACCGUUUCAUUUUCAAGAUUAUGUUAGUGCCAUCGUUCUCGACAUCAUAAUAAUACGUUUUCAGUAUAAUCGACUUAUAUAAGUGAGACAAACGCAAGUAAAUCAACCUGAAUACUAUUUAUAGUCCGUAGUAUAAGAUCCACGUUACACGACCGGUGGUUUAGCGGCAACUUCUCUUCGCUUCUACACUAUGCUAUUACUAAUGAUACCCUGGAAAUAUAGAAAAGGAAGACUCGCCCGGCAUAAUAUAUAUAUAUUUAAGAAUCUCUAUAAACCGAAGGAAGAGUUAAAAGUUGCCCCUAAAUAUUGGUUUUCCAUAUAAAUAAGUAAUUUCAUCGAUACGUCUUUAUAAUAUACCGAUCUACCUCCGCAGUAUACGCUGCUAUUGAUUUACUUUUUGUUACAUUUAAAGUAAGGCCGUAGGUUAUGCAUGUUUUGAUUUUUCUGUAGAAGUGUUCGGCGCCUUUCGUGCACUUCGACGUCUAGUUAAAGUGAAUGUUUGGAAUUUUAUUAAACGAUCUGGCUAAA